UGACUCGCGCUCUCUCCAUGGCGCUGGAGGACAGCUCCGGCAGCUCGGUAUGGCCGUGCAGCGCAGCCCAGUCGGCCGACGCGCGUCCCUGUGAGGCGAUGCACGAUGGCGUCCACGCUGCUGCAGAGGCUCUUCGUUAAGAAGACCCCCGCGACGCCCCCCCGGGAGUUUAGGAGCCCCGAUGUAUGCUGGGCCUCCUCCGAGUUGGACCUGAACCAGAUCCGUCUGAUCGUGUACCAGGACUGCGAGCGCAGGGGACGCCAGGUUCUGUUCGACUCCAAGGCGAUCCGAAAGCUCGACCCGUCGGAUCAGAAGAAUGGCGACGACACCCCGGCAAAAACACACACCAAGUGCCACCAGGCCAACAGGAGCGGGGCCUGCUCCAUCGGCACCCAGCACGGCAACGCACCCGGCACGCUGUGCGAUAAAGACGCCCUGCCGAGCUACCAGUACACGAGGCCGGCGUCGGACGUCAACAUGCUUGGCGAAAUGAUGUUCGGUUCGGUGGCCAUGAGCUACAGGGGCUCCACGCUGAAGAUCCAUUACAUCCGCUCACCGCCUCAGCUGAUGGUCAGCAAAGUGUUUUCCACCCGGGUCGGCAGCACCUCCGGAAGCACUAACACGUUGCAGGACAGCUUUGAGUACAUCAACCAGGAGUCAGCGGCGGGGAAAUCCUGUCCCAGCCAUAGCGGCCUGGGCGCGCGGAGCGGCAGCAGCAGCAUAGGCCACAGGCUUCGUCCGCCCUGUGCCCCGGACACUGGGCCGCUCCGCCUCGUUCGCAGCGCCUCUUUCUUUGCAGCUCACAGUACGCCCGUGGACAUGCCGAGCCGAGGACAUAACGAGGACCGAGACAGCGGCAUUGCCCGAUCAGCCUCCCUGAGCAGCCUGCUGGUGACCCCUCUUCCAUCCCCUGGAAGCUCCUCCAGCAGCUGUGCCAGCAGCUACCAGCGGCGCUGGUUGCGUAGCCUGACCACCAGCCUGGAGAAUGGACCUUUGCCUCGUUGGGGCAAUGAGGAGACCUUCAGCCUGUCUGACGAGGGCUGCAGCUCCAACCCGGCCAUCAUCCGCCGCAAGAAGAUCGCAAUUAGCAUCAUCUUCUCCCUUCCCGAGAAGGACGAGGAGAACCGCAGCUUCCAGGAUUUCUUCUUCUCCCACUUCCCACUCUUCGAGUCCCACGUGAACAAGCUCAAAAUGGCCAUCGAGAAGGCGAUGAUCCUGUGCAGGAAGAUCGCCGAGUCAAGCCAGCGGGUUCAGGUGUAUCUGUGUCGUGUGAUGGACGCCCUGGGGGAGUUCCGGACCACCGUGUGGAACCUGUACAUGGCCCCCCGGAUCACGGAGCCUGUCUGGCUGACCAUGGUGUCGCAGUCGGCGGACAAGACGUCGCUGUGCCACCACUUCCUGCGAGAGCUGACCCUCCUCACGGAGCACACGGCCAAGAGCCAGUUCCUGGCUGCUCUGCUGACCGCAGUCCUCACGUACCACCUUGCCUGGGUGCCCACCGUGAUGCCCAACGACCACCCGCUCAUCAAGGCCUUCUCGGAAAAGCACAUGUCCUACUCCGUGGACAUGCUCGCCAAGUCCCACCCGUACAACCCCCUGUGGGCACAGCUGGGUGACCUGUAUGGGGCCCUGGGGGCCCCGGCGCGGUUGGCCCGGACCGUGGUGGUGGGCCGUCGUCGUGAGCUGGUCCAGCGGGUCCUCUACGUUCUCACAUACUUCAUCCGCUGCUCGGACCUGCAGGAGAAUAUCCAGAGCCUGAGCAGCCAGCCGCAGGAGAGCGAGUCAACCCCGGUGUUCACCACAACGCUGGAGAGGGGCGAGGUGGAGCAGUCCGAAUACGUGGUGGUCUCUGUGCGCAGCGAGGCGGGAGGGUCCGAGUCCUCAGCUGGAGAUGCCGGUUCCAGGGACGCAGAUAAGGCUCCCCCCGUGGCUGAGGCUCCCCCCAAGCCGUCGUUAGAGGGUGGCCAUCCAGCUCCUCAAGAGGAGCUCCGUGUUACUGUGCUGCCCCAGCAGAGCCCUUUGCUGCACAAGGUCAAGUUCCAGAUCGGCAGCGCAGAGUCCCCAGAAUCCGACCUGGAGUCCCGGCAGAAAGUCGUGGACCAAAGUUACAGCCAGUAUAAGGAGAGUGUGGAGGAAGGGAACCCCGGGGACCAGCGUGCCGAAAGGAAGGUGGGGGACUGCAGCCUCAAGCAGUCCCCUGUCCCCGGCCACGGGGCCGAAGCUGCUAUGCAGGGAAGGACGCUGACGGGCAGGGACAUCAGGCCGCACCCGGGCCGGUCUGCUCCCUAUGGGAGCGUGGCAAGGAAGCUGCCUUUAAGGCUGCAGGGGGACAUACGCAGGAACGAGAGCUCUGACAGUGCCCUUGGGGACAGCGAUGACGAGGAGCCUUCGCUGCAGCGGGCGGCCACAGAGGAGAGGAAGGAGCAGCACGGCGAGCCCAGCGAGGAAUAUGAGCUGCCAUUACCGCGGUCAGAAACCGUCAGCAAGCCAGACGUGAACAACUUUGGACGCUCGCUCUUCGGCGGCUACUGUCCACAGUACAUGCCGGACUUCGUGCUGCACGGGAUCAGCUCGGACGAGAGGCUGAAGCAGUGUCUCGCCGCUGACCUGGAGCACACGGUCCUUCAUCCAGCUCUGGAUGAGCCCAUCGCCGAGGCCGUGUGCAUCAUCGCCGACACGGACAAGUUGACGGUGCAGGUGGCCACCAGUCAGCGGAGGGUGAUGGACCACAGUAAGAUGGGGAAGGACGUGCUGGUCUCCAGCCUAGUCAGCAACCUGCUGCAUUCCAUACUACAGCUCGCCAAGCUCAAUAUUUCCUCAGACUUCUGCGUCAUGCACCUGGAAGAUCGUCUUCAGGAAGUUUACUUUAAAAGCAAGAUGCUGUCGGAAUACUUAAAGGGACACACGAGGGUACAUGUGAAGGAACUUAGUGUCGUGCUGGGGAUUGAAUCCAACGACCUGCCGUUGCUCGCAGCUGUGGCAAGCACACACUCUCCCUAUGUGGCCCAGAUACUGCUGUAGGCGAACCUCUCAGGAUGCGCCGUCCCUUCGACUUUGACAAAGCAGGCAUGUCAAAAAUCCUCCUUUUUAGGAUCCUUUCAUUCCAGAACAGGAAGAAGGAACUUGAACUCGUACGACUGCUGAAUCCUCUUGUUGUCAGAGUGCGCAUCGCACCCGAAUCCCAGCAGGUGCUGCGGCACUGAAGCAAAGCGAUGUUACGCUCCGCUUCGGACACGAACUUAACCCGAGAAGCUGGGUGAUAUGUGCAACUUGUUGUUGUUGCUUGCUUUUUUUUUUUUUUUUUUUUUUUUUUUUUUUUUUGGUUGUGCAAUUAUUUUUUGGAGUACAUUUUUUUAUACAAAAAAGGGAUGAAAACCAGAGAAAAAAAAAAGAAGGUUAAGGGAAAGCCUUAUUCACUGAAAACGUUUACAGAAAUCGUCAAAAUGAGGCUGGCACAGUAAUUGUCUGGUACAGUGUUCUUAAUUCUAUUUUUUUAAUGCACUAACAUUAUUUACAAAACCGUUGACACAAUUCAAUACGCUAAUAGUACUUACUGGUCCAGUAUAGCUGCUUUUCUGCAAUGUUGAUUUGUAUUCCUCAUUUAAAUCUUGUUUUUAGAUCUUGAGCGGUUAAAAUUUGAAUGUCUGGAUCUCCUUCACGCGGCGAGACUCUUAAGGACAGACGUGGUCACGCAGCUCCUUGCUAAGGGUACAGAAAGCAGUUUUCUUUCCUCCCGAAUUUCAUUACUAUCGUCGCUCUUCUUUCCGACAGCACGGUUUUGCAGGUAUUUUCCAAUACCCUCCGAGUGCCUUCUGCACAAAGCAACCUAGGCAACGCGAUCACCUCCAUACGUGUAUAUUUUGACCAUUCAUUUAGCUUUCUUUCGGAAAUAACACUAUAUACGUUGACCGGCUUACAAUCGCCACGUGACCGCGUACGGAGUCGCCGCUGGGCUCGGCGGCUGUGCUGUCAGCAGUGGCCCGCAGCCGGGGCAUUUCCCGAGUCACGUACAUCCAUCGGGCCCCUGCGGGUUCCGCUCAGAGCCGCCCCCAGAGCAGAAACCUUGGAGGCCAAGGGGUACGACUCGCACCCAGCGACCACACUGCACUGUGACUGAAUGCUGCUGCUCCGUUCGGUUUUCCUAUCCAGGGAUGUGGUUCUCCAGGUCGACCGGCACUAACACUGACUGAAGUUUUAACACAAACUGCUUUUUUUUUUUUUUUAAUUUUUUAUUUUUUGAAGCGUUUGCUACAGGUCUACGGCAUUUCCCUCAGAUUUCUUAACAAAUACACUGUUUUACGUACAAGCGCAGUGAUGGUGCAAGCUUCACACCUUUCUCGGUCAUUGGGGACUUUUAAUUCCAGUGGUGAUUCUUAAUAAAAGUGAAGCAUUACUUUUCCUACUUUUCUACACUAAACACUACCUCAUUUGGCAGGAUCGAACCGUUCAGUCUUACCUGUUGGAAGGUUUGUUCGUACUCUUCAACUUGUUCAAGGUUACGCGUUUCGCCAUGAAAACGACCCUGAAUACCCUAAACUGUGUAACAAUAUAUGUGGCCUCACUGUAUUAGCAUGUAUGUGGUUUAGGAAUAAUUUAGAAUGCGACAAGCAUGAGAUCUGUGUAUUGUACCUAUGAAUUUUAAAUUCAUGUUCGUGAGGAUUAAUGGAAGCUGGUUUUUGCUUGUGGUUGUCAUUCUUUGUACACUUUCUUUAUGCAGUAAAUGGUUCAUGUUUGAAAGAAAUGUUUAAUAAAAUGCCGAUAACU